AUGGAGAACCCUAGUCCAUCCGUGCACGCGCCGCCACCCGCGCCGGCGCCGGCCACUGCACCGCAGCGGCAGCACCAGCACCAGAAUCAGGCUCACCAAGGCCCGUUCCGCCGGGAGCUCAAUUUCUCCGACUUUGCGUCCAACCCUUCUUCCUUGGCGGUGACCCCGCCGUUAUUCAAGCCUGAGUUCGGCGAGAUCCUCAGCUUUGGCGCCGAUAGCAACGCCCGGAGGAACCCGUCGUCGGCGCCUCCCGCCGCCACCGCCAGCCUCACCACUGCUCCAGGGAGCCUCUUCUCGCAGCACACGGCGACCAUGACACAGGCCGCCGCUGUGAACGAUGCGAAGAACAACAAUAAGCGUUCAAUGGAGGCCACCUCCCGGGCGAGCAACACCAACCACCACCCGGCGGCGACGGCGAACGAGGGCAUGCUGUCCUUCUCGUCGGCGCCCACUACGCGGCCGUCGACGGGCAUGGGCGCGCCGGCCAAGUCGGAGUCCGACCACUCGGACCUGGACGCGUCUGUGCGCGAGGUGGAGAGCAGCCGCGUCGUGGCGCCGCCACCGGAGGCGGAGAAGCGGCCGCGAAAGCGCGGGCGGAAGCCGGCGAACGGGCGCGAGGAGCCGCUGAACCACGUGGAGGCGGAGCGGCAGCGGCGAGAGAAGCUGAACCAGCGCUUCUACGCGCUGCGCGCCGUGGUGCCCAACGUGUCCAAGAUGGACAAGGCGUCGUUGCUCGGCGACGCCAUCUCCUACAUCAACGAGCUCCGCGGCAAGCUGACGUCGCUGGAGUCCGAUAAGGAGACGCUGCAGGCCCAGGUCGAGGCGCUCAAGAAGGAGCGCGACGCGCGGCCACCCCCGCACGCCGCUGGGCUCGGCGGACACGACGGCGGGCCGCGCUGCCACGCGGUGGAGAUCGAUGCCAAGAUCCUGGGUCUGGAGGCCAUGAUCCGCGUGCAGUGCCACAAGCGCAACCACCCGUCGGCGCGGCUGAUGACGGCGCUCCGCGAGCUGGACCUGGACGUCUACCACGCCAGCGUCUCCGUCGUCAAGGACCUCAUGAUCCAGCAGAUUGCGGUGAAGAUGUCCAGCCGCAUAUACUCGCAGGACCAGCUCAACGCCGCGCUCUACAGCCGCCUCGCGGAGCCCGGGUCUGCCAUGGGCAGGUAA